AGUCACAGCUAAGAUUUUGGCUGUUAGGAUGAAACCUUGCGUUUUUAUGUGUGUGAGUGAUAACCAGGCUGCCUUUAUUCCUGGAAGGCAACUAAUGGACAAUGUGGUGAUUGCUCAGGAGGUUGUUCAUUUUUUGAAUAGGCAUAGGUCUGGGAAAAGAGGUUUUAUGUUGGUUAAGCUAGAUAUGGAAAAAGCUUAUGAUAGGAUUGAGUGGGUUUGUGUGAGGAAGGUUAUGUUGAGGAUGGGUUCUAAUUCUAAAUUUGUGGAUUGGGUGUGGGCCUGCAUUUCCUGUACUUCUUUUUAUUUUAAUCUCAGUGGGGAGUUGAGAGGGUAUGUUAAUGCUACUAGAGCCUAUGAGGAAGAUUAUGUCUUCUGUCAUGCCAGAAGGAGCUUCUGUGCAAGAGCAUGUUCUCAAGACGAUGGAAUAUUCAGUGAGAUAGAUGUUCUCGGAGGAAAUAUCGAUGGCGAUGCCAAGAUCGAUAUCAUCCUGCACUCGCUCCCGAAGUCCUAUGAGAACUUCCGCCUGAAUGAAAUCAUGAAUAAGAAGGGCUAUACUUUAUCUGAGCUUCUUACAGACUUGGUUGCAGCAGAGGGUCUUAUGGGAAAGGGACCACAUGCUCAUGUUUCUGUAGAGGCUGAACCUUCUUUGUCGAAAGGCAGGAAGAAGAAGAUAAAGCAAGUGCAGAAAAUGAGUAGUGGAACCAGUGGGAGCAGUGGGAAUGGUGGGAGCAAAGCGGCGCCUUCUGGUGGUGUGGUGAAGCCGAAAGGCAAGUGCUUCAAGUACAACAAGACAGGACAUUGGAAGACAGAUUGUCCCCUCAAGGACGUUCCUGGUACGUCUCUUGCUUUAGUUGUCGAAACAU